GUGAAAGUGAUCCUAUUUAGAUAUGUCUAUUGGGAAUUAUCUUCUUAAGGAUUGUCAUCACAUCAUUAUGUGGUGGUCUGAAAUAUUAUUGAAUAAUAUUGUUAAGAAUGACAGAAGUAGUAUCCAAAGAUUUUGGUAAGGGACAUCCUUAUCGAAAAAGAGACAUGUCAGAUUCAUCACAACACCAAUAUAAUCAACCUCCUCCUGAUAUUAUGCCAAAGGGCCUUGCAAUCAAUGGCAUAGGAGGAAGGUUACGCCAAUUAGAAGCCCUUUUUAUUGGUGGUCCUGUGCAAGGGGAAGGAAGAAUAAGCCACACAUUUUCUAUUGAGACACUUAUUGAUAUUUUACUUGUCUUAUACGAUGAAUGCUGUAAUUCUUCCUUACGACGUGAGAAGACUGUCUCGGAUUUUAUUGAAUUUGUAAAACCAGUGGCUACUUGUAUAAAGAGUUUGCAACUGGCACGAGAGGAUUUUGAGAUAGUAAAAGUUAUAGGUAGAGGUGCAUUUGGGGAAGUAUGUGUUGUAAGAAUGCGUGGUUCGGACAAAGUUUUUGCGAUGAAGAUUUUGAACAAAUGGGAAAUGCUAAAGCGUGCAGAAACUGCAUGCUUUAGAGAGGAGCGAGAUGUACUCGUGUACGGUGAUCGUAGAUGGAUCACAAAUCUUCAUUAUGCCUUUCAAGAUGACAAUAAUUUGUAUUUGGUCAUGGAUUAUUACUGUGGUGGAGACCUAUUAACGUUAUUAAGCAAAUUCGAGGAUCGCCUUCCAGAAGAUAUGGCACGUUUUUAUAUAGCUGAAAUGGUUUUGGCUAUAGGAUCCAUACAUGACUUGCGUUAUGUGCACCGUGAUAUUAAACCUGACAACGUUUUGUUAGACGCAAACGGUCACAUACGAUUAGCUGAUUUUGGAUCGUGUUUACGAUUGUUUGAAGAUGGCACCGUACAGAGUAACGUUGCUGUUGGUACACCGGACUAUAUUUCACCAGAGAUAUUAAGGGCAAUGGAAGAUGGACAGGGACAGUAUGGCCCUGAGUGUGAUUGGUGGUCUUUAGGAGUAUGCAUGUACGAAAUGCUAUAUGGGGAGACACCUUUUUAUGCGGAAUCUCUAGUCGAAACAUACGGAAAAAUUAUGAAUCAUAAGAAUUGCUUUGACUUCCCAGCAGAUGACAUGUAUGAAGUUUCUGAAGAAGCUAAAGAUUUAAUGAGAAAGUUAAUAUGUAGUUCGGAAUUUAGAUUAGGUCAGAAUGGAAUUGAUGAUUUUAAGAAACACCCAUGGUUUGACGGAGUUAAUUGGGACACUCUUAGGGACAGUACUGCACCUUACAUUCCUGAAGUUUCCUCGCCAACAGAUACAUCAAAUUUUGAUGUUGAUGAUACAGAUGUUCGCAGUUCCGAUGCUGUACCACCAGCAGCGAAUUCCGCGUUUUCUGCGCUUCAUUUACCAUUUGUUGGUUUUAGUUUUACUCAAGGAAGUUGCAUAUCAGACCUGGGUUGUUUACCAGCUAUAACACAAAAAGAUCAACGGGUACAAAUACUCGAGGAAGAGAAUGCACAGUUGACAAAAGCACUUGAAGAUUUGAAGAAUCAAGUCACUCAUUCUUCACCUGGCAUAUCACCAGAUUCUAAUAAUGCAACAAGAAAGCUUCAGGAUGAGAUAAACACACUUACUAAACGCAAUUGUGAGUUAGAGUCACAGUUAAAGUCAAUGGAAGUUCCACGUGAAUUACGCAAUCUAGAUAACGGUGACAUGACAAAACUACGAGAAUUAGAAAAGCUCGUGCGUUCGUUACGCUCAGAAAAGGAGGAAGCUGUUAAGGACAAAUUAGAUGCACAAGAGAAGCUUAAACUUCAGGAUAAAGAGUUAAAAGACGCGUUAACGCAACGGAAACUAGCGAUGGCCGAAUAUACUGAAGUCACAGACAAGUUAUCAGAAUUAAGGCAACAAAAGCAGAAGUUGUCCAGGCAAGUUCGAGAUAAAGAAGAAGAAUUGGAAGUUGUAAUGCAGAAGGUCGACAGUUUGCGGCAUGAUAUUCGGAAAGCCGAGAAAUUGCGGAGAGAACUAGAAAAUCGAGUAGAGGAAGCGAUGGCGGAAACGAGCAAGGAAAGAAAAUUACGUGAGCGCAGUGAGGAGUAUUGUAAGCAAAUGCAGGAGGAGACUGAGAAAAUCAGGCAAAGAUCUAUAGGGAAUGACGUGAGCGCGAACCAUGCGCUAGCAACACAAGAAAUCAAUAGGUUAAAGGCAGAAGUGGAGAAACUCGAGGUUCAGUACAAUGAAAAUUUGAACCAGCAACAAAGCAGGUUCAAUCUUGAGAUUCGUAGCCUUCAAGAUCAACUGCACGAGGCUGAAACGAGGAGAGAUUUAUUGGAACGAGAGGUUCAAUUAACGAAAGAAAAGUUGGACGCUGCCAGAUUGGAAAACAUUACCGACAGCGAGGAAACUAUAAACGAAUUAAACAGACGUCACGAGAGAGAGAAAAUUAUGCUAGUCGAAGAGAAUAAGAAACUAAUGUUAGAACUGACCACUCUUACCGAUAGUGUUAAUAGAAUACAAGGUGAAAGGCGGCAACUGGAAGAGGAAUAUGAAGAAUUAAGAAAUAAGAAGGAAGCUAUUGCACAGUGGGAAGCUCAGAUCACUGAAAUUAUCCAAUGGGUAUCCGAUGAGAAGGAUGCUAGAGGAUACUUACAGGCGUUAGCCACGAAAAUGACAGAAGAACUGGAGUUCUUGAAACACUCUGGUGGUGUAGGAGGUGUAGGAAGCGGUUCCACGAUGGCGGACAAGAAUUGGCGUAAUCGUAGAUCGCAGAAGCUCGAUAAAAUGGAACUUUUGAAUUUACAGAGUUCUUUACAAAGUGAAAUUCAAGCGAAGCAGGCGAUAUCCGAAGAACUUACAAAGACUCGAUCGGACUUGAUUGCUGCUCAAAAAGAGUUAAGGGACUUCAGACAACGGUUCGAUACUCUCACGCACGAGAUGAAACGCAAAGAAAUGCAAAUAAAAGAGUUACAAACAAGGCUUGACACGGGCGAAGGCUUUUUAGAACGUCCUACGUCUCAAAUGUCAUAUCUAGAACAUUUUUUGAAAGAAACUGCAAGCAGUACACGUCACGGAAGCGCAGAUAGUGUCGAGGCCGAUAUUGAGGACAAUCGUGCACCAAGCAUUUCCAGCAGUAAAAGUAACUUGUCUGAGCUCAGCAUUGAUCCAACAUCACCGUUGUCCCAUGAACUUCUAAACAAAUCGUCAGCAGUACACGGACAGUCUAAUCUUCAACCGAAACCAAAAUCUCAUCAGUUCUUAGUAAGAACAUUUUCUGCGCCUACAAAAUGUAACCAUUGCACUUCAUUGAUGGUGGGUUUAACGAGGCAAGGAGUAGUAUGCGAAGUUUGCGGCUUUGCGUGUCAUAUGCCCUGUUGCGAUAAGGUGCCACCAAUGUGUCCUGUUCCCCAUGAUCAAACAAAACGACCACUGGGCAUUGAUCCCACACGGGGUAUAGGUACAGCCUAUGAAGGGUAUGUUAAAGUGCCAAAAAUGGGUGGAGUGAAAAAGGGUUGGAUUCGUCAGUUUGUGGUUGUUUGCGAUUUCAAAUUAUUUCUUUAUGACAUUUCACCAGAUCGCAAUGCAUUACCAUCUGUGUAUGUGUCUCAAGUCCUAGAUAUGCGAGACGAAGAAUUUAGCGUUAGUUCUGUGCGAGACUCGGAUGUCAUUCAUGCUACGAAGAAAGACAUUCCGUGCAUAUUUAGGAUAACCACAUCCCUGCUAGAACCACCAGGCUUGAGGAAUCACACGUUAAUGCUUGCAGACACUGAAAGCGAGAAAACAAAAUGGGUCGUUGCUUUGAGUGAACUGCAUAGAAUACUAAAGAAAAACAAUCUUCCUAAUACAACGAUUUUUAGAGCAAAAGAAUUAUUAGAUAAUACAUUGGCGCUCAUUAAAAAUGUGAUGUCAGGAGCAAUUAUUGAUCCAGAUCGUCUAGUCAUUGGGACAGAAGAAGGUCUCUUCUGUUUAGAUUUAGAUCGUAGUGAAAUUGCAAGAGUAGGAGAGGGCAAGAAAAUAUACUUAUUGGAAUAUGUAACGGAAGAACAAUUAAUUGUAGUUUUAAGUGGAAAACAACGUCAUGUACGGCUGGUUCCAGUACGUGCAUUAGAUGGAGAUGAAGUUGAAUGGAUUAAAGUUGCAGAAACUAAGGGGUGUAUUACUCUAACAACAGGAGUAGUACGUCGCAGUCCAUUAACAUAUUGUUUAUGUGUUGCCAUAAAGAAACAGAACGCAUCACAAGUCAUCAUCUACGAAAUAACGCGUACGAAAACACGUCACAAACGUAUACGCGAGUUGAUGUUACCAUGUCACGCACAGACGUUGCAAGUUCUUUCUGAUGGCCGUUUUUGUGUCGGAUAUCCUUCUGGAUUUUCUAUCUACAGCAUUUUAGGAGACCAUCACCCAAUUUCAUUGGUCCAUUCUGAGAAUACGCUCUUAGGUUUUCUCACGUACAGUGCUGUGGAUGCUUUACGUUGUAUCGAAUUACCGCGUGGUGAAUUCUUGUUAGUCUUCCAUACAUUGGCAGUAUAUGUUGACAGCCAAGGUAGAAAGAGUAGAGAUCGUGAAAUUAUGUAUCCUGCUGUUCCUACAGCAGUUAGUUAUUGUGAAGGUUACCUACUAGUUUAUAGCGACACUCACAUCGACGUGUUUGAUUGUACAACUGGAGACUGGUUGCAAACACUAAACGUAAAACGAGCACGACCACUGAACACAUCAGGCUCUCUAACGUCAUGCACCAUUAAUGACAUGCCACACGUGAUUUUCUUGAGCAAUCUACAUCAACGAGAAUUACUCAAUUUAACACCACUAGACGCAAGCGGUAGACAAAUGACAAGACCACGUAGAAGAUUUUCAUUGAGAGAAGGAAAUAGAGCUGUUCGUCCCACGGAUAGACGCUCCAAAAUGAUAUCCGCGCCAACAAAUUUCAAUCAUAUCAGUCAUAUGGGUCCAGGCAAUGGGAUACAGAUACAGCGAUUAUUAGAUUUGCCUACCACACUCGAAACAGCUGAUCAACAGCACAGUGGUCACCAUAGUAGCUCUCAUCUUCACAGCAGCCAACAAAGAUUAUAUGGCCCUGUACUUCAAACACCGAGCAAGCCAGCACCGUUACCACCUCGACAUCCUCCAUCUGAUACACGACGUCUCAGUUCUCAUAUAUCGAGAAAUUCCGGAUAUUCGCCACAUAAUGGCUCAACAUCGUCACGAAGAGGACCAGCACCACCACGACCAACUGCUACUCCGCCUUCGUUACCACGUACUCCUGUGGACCAAGUCGAUUCGGAAUCCGUACAUCUACGAUCCCAUACUCCACUUUCUCUUGGUAGUAUCGCAUCUUUACACGACAAGGAACAUACUUCUGGUGGAAGUCCCAGACAUUCAAUAGCUUCAAACAACAGUUCAAAUCCAUCAACGCCUCCAAGUCCAGCUCACGAUCAUGGUUCGUCCUCGUACGACUCGUAA